AUUUACCCUCACGAGAAACUAAAAUGACACGAAACUCUCUGAUCUAAACGACUCUGUGGCGAAGCCGCCAUUGACGACGAAUCGGAGAAGCUAAACUCUAUUGCCGCGGCGGUGUUGCAUCGAAAUCGGAAUCACUAUAUUCAUUCAUAAUUUCACAAGAAAUAGAAAAUAAAAAUGAUGACGUGUUCUUCGGAUACGAUCAGCAUCGCUGCGAGAACUCAGAAAGUCGAUGUUGAUAAUCGAUUUUCGCUUCGUAUCUACUACAGGAUCGCCGAUAAUAUCCUCAAACAGGCUGAUAUCUUUCGUGCAGAGAAAAAUAUUAUUGAUCUAUAUAUCAUGCUCCUAAGAUAUUCUAGUUUGGUCUCUGAGACAAUACCACGGCACCGAGAUUAUAGAACAUCUCCACAGAGCAAGAAAGAGUUAUUGAGAAAGAAAUUGUUAACUUCUGUGAUUGAACUGGAGAAGCUGAAACCACUGGCACAACAGAAGAUCAAUGAGCUUAACAGCAGGAAAUCAUAUCAACACAGCGGGAGGGACACGUUUCGUUCAAAUUAUUCGACUGGUUUUUCCCCGGUGAAAAAGCAAACUAUGGCUAGUUACGAUGAAAUAAAGGCAGUCAGACAAACUGCUGGAGAGUUUGUCUACCGAGGAUCAAAAGCCCAGCAGUAUCCUUGUGUAAGGCCUGUGGAAGAUAGUAUGAAAAGACUAUCUCUAACUCUCCCCCCAAAGGAAGAAACUCUCUCCAGACAUUCUAUUCUAGGUCCAAAUGGCCUUAAAGGGCCGUGGCAACCACCUACAAGUGAUAAAGGGGUGAGGUAUCCAACUAUCAUAGAUCUGUCUCCAGUUGAAAUUCCAAGCCUUCAUCAAUCCUUGGAAGAUGGAUCACAGAAUAAAAAAGAUAAUAGCAUUUCAGAACACAAUAAAUUAGACGUAGAAUCUACUCUUACCCAGAGUGAGGACUGCCAGGUCAAACAUGCUGAUGAAACUCCUUCGCUUAUCUCUUUUGAAGAAACAGAAGACUUUGCUCCUAUAAAAGUUAUUAGACAGCCUUCUCCUCCACCUGUACUUGCUGAAGUACAAGAUUUGGUUCCUACAGUAUCACCUCAUGUUGAUGAGGCAGGAUGUAAGACAGAGACUCCAUUGUCAGAUAGUUUUGGCCGUGCUGAGUCUCCUCUUCAAUUACACAUCUCAACUGCAAUGAUGGGUAGUUUUAUGAAGCUUGCCAAGUCUAACACUGACAAAAAUUUAGAGACUUGUGGUAUCCUUGCAGGCUCGCUUAAAAAUAGAAAAUUUUAUAUCACAGCUCUAAUAAUCCCCAAGCAGGAGGCAACAUCAAGUUCUUGUCAAGCUACAAAUGAAGAGGAAAUAUUUGAAGCACAAGAUAAGCGAUCACUUUUUCCCCUUGGAUGGAUCCAUACACACCCUACACAAUCUUGUUUCAUGUCAUCAAUUGAUGUACACACCCAUUACUCAUAUCAGAUUAUGCUGCCAGAAGCUGUUGCAAUAGUCAUGGCACCAACAGACAGUUCAAGAACUCAUGGUAUUUUUCGGCUGACAACCCCUGGGGGCAUGUCGGUCAUUAGACAAUGCCAGCAACGAGGCUUUCAUCCACAUGAUCCGCCUCCAGAUGGUGGUCCCAUUUACGAUACAUGUACAGAUGUUUACUUGAACCCCGAUUUAAAAUUUGAUGUCAUUGAUCUUCGAUGAUAAUACUUUUUUGUUUCUAGAUGGGUAAAAAUCUAAUCAUUGAAUUGUCCAUAUUACUAUACUUUCUAAGAUAUAUAGGUUUUACCAUUUAUCCAGCAAUGGACUUCAUAAUGGCUAUCGUCUCGGCUAUUUGUAAAAGAAGAAAUGUUGCUCAUUGAUUGUUUAUUCUUGGCUUCUACAACUCUGUAUUUUGUAACUAUUCACCAAUGGCCUGUUUACCAUUGUUCUGUGUGAAAUCCUAAACUUCCUGUUCAAAUAUA